UCAAAGGUCAGUGAUUCUUGACCUCAAGAAAAAUGGCGGUCACCGGUGGUUUUUCUUUUGGCGGCACUGGCUCACUUUCAACGACAAAACCCACAGGAAUUGCAUUUGGAACGCCAUCAGCAACAACGAGUGCAUCAAGUCUGGGCUUCGGCACACCGUCUACCGCAGCAUCCUCCGGCUUCUCGCUGGGCGGAGCCAAGACGGGUGGAUUCAGCCUGGGUGGAAUAGGCACCACAAGCACUGGAGGCGGACUUCUAGGCACAACAGCAACUACUGCUAGUGGUUUGGCACUGAGUCUGGGUCUGAAGACGACCACCACAGCUUCAGGUUUGAGCUUUGGAACAAGCACUACAUCCAAACCGAGCGGUCUGUUUGGCGCCACGCCGGCAACAGGAACAACGGGGGGAUUUUCCCUCGGAGGCACUGCAGCAUCAGGGGGGCUCAGCCUAGGUCUCGGCACUACCACCACCCCAUCCACAGGGCUGUCUCUAGGGGGCUUAUCGGGAACCACAGCCACCGGUUUAGGCCUAGGGGGUGGCGCCCUAGCCGCCUCCACAGCGUCAGGUAUCAGCAAGGGGCUGGGAGGGGUGGACCCUUCUUCCCUGUUGGCUACGUCCAGCACGACUGGAACGACCGGCACUACGUCAUUGGGGACCAGUGAUAACAAGGCGAUCAAGGAGACCUUCCUUCCCCCAGAAAUCAACGAAACGGUCACAUCUUUCAAGCAAUAUGUCAAGAAGCAAAAAGCCCUCCGUGAGGACAUCCAGGGCUUCUCGGUCAAGCCCUACCACCGCGUUCGUGAGGAGAUCACGGCCCUCAAGCAGCUGCUGGCCGUGGUGUCCAACGGCCUGCAGCGCAACGCCGGGGCCAUCCACAAGCUCAAGGUGGAGUCGGCCCAGGAGCUGAAGAACGCCGAGGUGGCGCACCGGACCCAGGAGAUUCCACCGGCGCUGCAGCUGGAGAACUACGCUCCAACCGAGUAUUUUCAGAGAUUGACGGAGCAGUUUGAGGAGCAGAUGCAUUUAUGCAGACAGCAGAUUGAACAGAUGGAGAGCUUCAUGGCUGCCCUGGCACAACCAAAUGUCUACACGCCACAAGAAUUGGCUACAAUUAUGGUGAAGCUUAACGACACCUUCAUUGCCCUCGCUGCUCAGCUGCAGUCAGUUCACGAAGCCGUCAGGGCCCAGAAGGAUCAAUACCUCAACUACCGCAGAGUCUACCACGGCGAAAUCGACAACGUGUUUGCCAGUCAGAAGAAAGUGGCUGAGCGAGAACAGAGACUGGCGACUCUCCCUACCGGACCACAAGCCUUUGAUAACAUCUCCAACGCCGCUGCCAUUGCCAUGGCAACCGCACUUCAGACCGCUCAGAGACCAACUGGAAUACAAGGUGCAGGACUGACAGGCCCCUUCCAAGGUGGCCUAGGGGGUGCCACAACCGGCCUCGGCACGGGAGGAUUUGGAACUGGUACCCUGGGCCUGGGAGCCGGCACCACCGGCCUGGGCGGUGGUCUAGGUGGUGGUCUGGGUGGUGGUCUGGGUACCGGUCUGGGUACCGGACUGGGCACAGGACUGGGUACCAGCGGGCUCGGCGCCGGGGGUUUUGGCACCGGAGGGUUUGGUACCCAGACUACAGGGCUUGGCACUCAGACCAGCGGACUGGGCACCGGGCUCGGCGGCGGGACAGCUGGGUUUGGCACGGGCGCCACUGGGUUCGGGUUUGGAACCACGAAACCCACUGGUACCGCCGCAAGCUUUGGCGGUAGCUUGAGCGCGGGACCAACCGUCGGGGGCAGCAGCUUUGGAUUCGGGGGCGGAACAGGGAGCUUGGGCAUGACUAAUUUUGGAUCGGCAACCACAGGCAAGCCACUUCAGCUCCAGAAGCCUCCCAGCAAGUUCAGGAAGGGAGCCAGGUAGACAGGGAACCAGCCAAAUCAAGCCUUCAUACUCGACGUCCUCAGUUGACAACCUCAUAAAUGUAUCAGGAAGGGGACCAGGUAGACGAGGAACCAACCAAGUCAAGUCAAGCUUUCACAUUUGAUGUCCUCAGUUAAUGUCCUCUACAAAUCAACAAGGCAGGGAACCAGUUACAUGGGAACCAACUGAGUUAAGCCUUCGAGUUUGAUGUCCUCAGUUAGUGUCCUCAAAAGUUAAAUCAGGAAGGGGACCAGGUAGACGAGUAUCCAACUGAGUCAAGUCAAGCC